AUGCUAGAUAAAAUAAUUGAUUUUUUAAAACCAUGGACUCAUGUAAUGAAACGUAUUCAGUCAUUGCAAAUAUCAUCAAUACAUACAGUAACACCAAGUUUAUUUAUAAUAAAUUCUUCAUUAAAUAUAAGCCAACAUUUAAGUUCAUUAUCAAUUUUUAAGGAAAAUAAAGUUUUUCAAGUAAUAAUAGAGCUGUGGUAUUAA